AAGCAACUCAAAGGGGCUCGGGAUAGCAAAAUGGUAAGGAGGGGGACCUCCUGGAUCAAAUCAGCAUCAGACUGGGCCCCCAGUCCUCCAGUAGGCUCAGUGUCAGCCUGAACAGCUUGCUUGGGCCCUUACCACUAGGGACGCUCUCUAGAGAAUGAACCUGAGCUCCCCUUCUGAACGUUCUCCAACCAUUACCACCUCCCUGCUCAGGGUCAUCCCCACUGCCCACAGCUCCGUGAGUAGGGACUGUUGGGUGCCUGCCCACCUUGUCAGGGCUCCACACGAUCCUAGGCUGCCUGAGCCCUUCUGUUCACACGGACCCCAGCAGUACCAAACCACGCCCACUCGCUCCGGGCCGGGGCCAUCAGGCGCCCAUCACGUGCACUCUUUGCCGUUGCUGGGGCCGCAGCAGCGCCACCCAACCGAGCUCGGUUGUCCUGGAGAGGGACUCGCAGAUCCCGCGGUUUCCGGCCAGUUGGAUCUGUGGUGUGAGGCCCGCCGAGCCCUGUCUCACCUUCCCGCUCACUUGAGGGGUCCAGAACCACCAGUAUGUCAACUGAGCCGAGCGCUCCCGGGACCUCACCUAGGACACCGCGUCCUGGGGCCCAGAAGUCAUCCGGUGCGAUAACCAAGAAGGGGGACCGGGCCGCUAAGGAGAAGCCAGCAACUGCCCUGCCUCCGUUGGGCGAGGAGGAGCCGAAAAAUCCCGAGGAGUACCAGUGCUCUGGGGUCCUGGAGACAGACUUCGCCGAGCUCUGCAUACGGUCAGGCUACACCGACUUUCCCAAAGUUGUCACCCGGCCUCGGCCCAACCAGAACUUUGUCCUUUCCGCCUCCAUGUCAGAAAAACCCACCCAAGACGACCAGCGGCUCUCAGCAUCCUGCAGCCAGAACAGCCUGGAGAGCAAAUACGUGUUCUUCCGGCCCACCAUUCAGGUGGAGGUAGAGCAGGAGGACAGCAAGGCCGUGAAAGAGAUCUACAUCCGAGGUUGGAAACUUGAGGAUCGGAUUCUGGGUAUUUUCUCCAAAUGUCUGCCCUCCCUCAGCCAGCUGCAAGCUAUCAACUUGUGGAAGGUGGGGCUGACGGAUAAGACCCUGACCACCUUCAUCGCCCUUCUGCCUCUCUGUUCCUCCACACUCAGGAAGGUGUCUCUGGAGGGGAACCCACUACCGGAGCAGUCCUAUUACAAGCUCAUGGGACUGGACAGCACAUCAGAUAGAAGCAAGCCCAGUACCGCGGGCCCUCUCUCCCCGCCCCAGGAUCUCUCACUUAUCUCUGAGGAACAACAGCAUCGACGACCACGGGGCGCAGCUCCUGGGCCAGGCACUGUCCACACUGAACAACAGCAACCGGACCCUGGUUUCGCUGAACCUGGGAUUCAACCACAUCGGGGACGAGGGAGCGGGCUACAUUGCAGAUGGCCCUCCGUUCUCCAGGGCCUGAGACUGAAUCGCUCUCUUCUCUGGUUGUCCCUGGCGCACAACCGUAUUCAAGACAAGGGCGCACUGAAGCUGGCUGAGGUUCUGCGCCCCUUCGAGCUGACCCACACGGAGGUGGUGGAGCGGCGGCGCCUGCUCUUGGAGAAAGGAACGCAGGAGCGGUCGUCGCGAUCGCCUUCCUCCUCCCGACAUGGAGACUCCAAAACGGAACGUGAGAAGUCUCAGACAGCGGGCAUCAGCAAUGUUACUUUGGUGGACAAGCCAGAAAAGAUGCAGACAUUAAAAGCACCCAAGGGUCUGGGCAAGAAAAAGGAGAAGUCAGGGGAAGUUGUAAAGAAGGAAGAGAAGUCAGGCCCCGGGCAGUCCCCUACACAAGGAACCCCUAAGAAAGAAGAUGCCACAAAGGCAGGCAAGGGGAAGGUAACCAUCCCCGAGCAGAAGAUGAGCAAGGGGAAAGGGAUGAAGACAGGGAGCAAAGAGAAGCGCAGCAUCCUCCUGGAGUCAGAGCAGCUGGUGGUUGAAGCUACAGAGAUGGUUAACCCUCUCCUGGAGCCCGUGGAGCACCGAGAUGGGAAGGUUUUCAUGCCCGGGAACAAGGUCCUUUUGCACCUCAACCUCCUCCGGAACCGAAUCACAGAGGUGGGGCUGGAAGGCUUCCUCACCGCUGUGCAGUACCAGGUCCAGGUCUCCAAGUCCAGGACUUCUUCGUCCAAGGGCCCCUUGGGGCUGCUGUGGCUGUCCCUGGCGAAAAACUGCUUUGACCCGCAGUGUCCAACAUACACCAUGAUUCAGGAACUGAUGAUGCCAAGGGACCCUGUGAAGGCCAAGGUCAGGGAAGAGGAGGCCGCGGCUACCUAGGCCUCCAUGGGCAGCCCUAUCUCCUUGGGAGAUACCACGGACCAGUAACAUAGUCUGUUGCUGUGCUAUUCUUUGAAAAUCACUCCAGAACUGUUUGGAA